AUGGAGGGUCUGGGCCGCUCGUGCCUGUGGCUGCGGAGGGAGCUGUCGCCCCCGCGGCCUCGGCUGCUGCUCCUGGACUGCCGAAGCCGCGAGCUCUACGAGGCGGCGCGCAUUGGCGGGGCGCUGAGCGUCGCCCUGCCCGGGCUGCUGCUGCGCCGCCUGCGGCGGGGGAGCCUGUCGGUUCGCGCGCUCCUGCCGGGGCCGCCGCUGCAGCCGCCCCCGCCCGCCCCGGUGCUCCUGUACGACCAGGGCGGGGGCCGGCCCCGGCGCGGGGAGGCGGAGGCCGAGGAGUGGGAGGCCGAUUCGGUGCUGGGCACCCUGCUGCAGAAGCUGCGAGAGGAAGGCUACCUGGCGUACUACCUACAGGGCGGCUUCAGCAGAUUCCAGGCAGAGUGCCCCCACCUGUGUGAGACCAGCCUCAGCAGCCGUGGUAGCCCAAGCACAGCCCCGGUGCCCAGCCCAGUGGUGGGGCUGGGCGGCCUGUGCCUGGGCUCUGACUGCUCUGAUGCCGAAUCCGAGCCUGACCGCGACUCCAUGAGCUGUGGCCUGGAUUCAGAGGGCGCCACACCCCCCCCCACGGGGCUGCUGCCAUCCUUCCCUGUCCAGAUCCUGCCCAACCUCUACCUGGGCAGUGCCCGGGAUUCAGCCAACGUGGACAGCUUGGCCAAGCUGGGCAUCCGCUACAUCCUCAACGUCACCCCCAACCUCCCUAACCUCUUCGAGAAGAACGGUGACUUUCACUACAAGCAGAUCCCCAUCUCAGACCACUGGAGCCAGAAUUUGUCCCAGUUCUUUCCUGAGGCCAUUGCAUUCAUUGAUGAGGCCUUGUCCCAGAACUGCGGGGUGCUCGUUCACUGCCUGGCCGGUGUCAGCCGCUCUGUCACCGUCACCGUGGCCUACCUCAUGCAGAAGCGCCACCUCUCACUCAACGAUGCCUACGACCUGGUCAAGCGGAAGAAGUCUAACAUCUCACCCAACUUCAACUUCAUGGGGCAGCUGCUGGACUUCGAGCGUAGCCUUCGGCUGGAGGAGAGGCGCGCCCGGGAGCGCAGCAGUGGGGGGCAGGAGUCCUCGGCCUCCGACCCGCCCUCCUUCUUUACCACCCCCACCAGCGAUGGUGUCUUCGAGCUGGAUCCCACAUAGGGCCCCCGUUCCAGCCCCCAGUGGGUGCCCCUGACCACCCAUGUGCUGGGGGGAGGUGGGAAGGGGCUCAGCCGGAAGCAGGGCGGGGGAGAGCGCAAUACCUCAGGGGAGGGCUGUUGGGAAGAGGCCGGAGCCAGGAGCCCCUCCAGAGUGGCUGCGGGGAAAGACCUGUCCUACCCACUUGAAACAUCCACGGGAAUCCUAUUAAAUGUGCCUAUAAGCCGGGCCCAGGGCCACCAGCCUGACCCGCGCCGCUUGCGGGCGGAACCACGCUCCAGAACCUGCCUCUUCUGCGACUGUUACUUUUUCCUUUGGGGAGUGGGCGGCGGGGGGGGGGGGGGUUUCUCGUUCCAAGGGACCAUUCCAGGUGGCUUCCCUUUCCUGGGCCUCGAGCCUCCCUGUAGCUUUUCCCUUCAGAAGGGUGUGUGCCUGUUCUGGGGACCCGCUCCCAGUCCCACCCCUGUCCCCAAAUGGCUGCUUCUGGGGAGGGGUUCACCACCAGUUAGUCGCCUCUUGGGGCUGAGGGCCUCCCCGGGGAUGUGCGCUUGGAGGCACACGGGCUGCCCGGCAUCCAUGUGGACAGCCCGUCUCUGGGUGGCUUCUGGCUGGGCAGCGCCACAGGGGAGGGUGCUGGCCCGGAGCUGCCGAGCGGGUUCCCGGCCACACAUCUGGCGCCCUGUUUAUCCACUUGACGUUGAAAAGAUGCUUUUUUUCCUCUUCCCCCAGAUGUCUUAACGGGAUCACUGGGGCUCUUUGUGACUGAGGGUGGCCAAAGUGCUGCCCAGGGAGAUGGGGGUCUCAGAGCAAGAGCUGGGGGCGGGGAGGGGGAAGAAGGCCUGGAUUUUGCUGCUGCAGGUCCCACAUAGCCACGGUUGGGCAGGGAGGCGGGGAAGGGGCCAAGCUGCAUAUACAGGGCUGUGGGCGGCGUGCAUGCACG